AUGGCCCCAAAGCAGAAAAUCAAAAAGCUUAGAUCAUACUGGGUGCCCCUAAUAGAGGACUCCUGCAAGCAGAUAUUGGAUGCUGCAAGGACUACAAAUGCAAAAACCAUGGGUCCUGUUCCAUUACCAACCAAGAAGCGAAUCUAUUGCGUUCUCAAAUCACCACAUGUGCACAAGGAUGCAAGAUUCCAUUUUGAGAACCGUACACACCAGCACCUCAUUGAUAUUCUUUACCCAACUGCACAAACAAUUGAUUCCUUGAUGCAACUUGAUCUUCCUGCUGGUGUUGAUGUGGAGGUCAAGCUCUGAAGAAACAGUGCUGCGGCUUAGGUAAAUUUC